GGGAGGAGUGCUGAGGCUCCGCCUUUCCGGCCGUCUAGGCCGCUGCUACCGCUGCUCCGGGGCCGCAGGCUCAGCCUGGCCGGUGGCGGUCAAGCCGGCAGAAAUUCCCCCCCCUCUUACCCACUGGUUAAUCUCUCUAUACACACGAGCUGUACCAGAGAAGAUGCUUCUAUGAGAAAAAACGAACCAGAAGUUUUGGAUUCUCUAAAGGAGUUCAGGCCCAAAUUUUAAACUACUGAAGAUAACGUCAAGUCUUCAUAAGUUCUGUUCCAUUGCCAGAUUUUCUCUCUGGGUUAAAGCCCUCCUUGCUUUUGUAAAAAUACUGAUGACCACUCAAUCUGUAUAUUGUAGUUCAUAUCUUUGGGAAAUAGUAGAAAGAGUAGUUUUAAGGAUUGGGCUUUUCUCUACUGGAGUCAAGUCUUUGUAAUAAUUGUGGCUAGAAGAAAUCACCUGAUGGAAGUAAUUUACUUUUCCUUCUCCCCGGCUUCCUCAGGAUGACUGCCUUUUGUCUGAUGAAAAUUUUACGUCAAGCGACCAGAAAUGAGAACAGAUUCACAAAAAGAUUCUGUGGCACUCUCUUAGCAAAAACAACACAAAAGAAAGUCUUUUCUCAAUCCUCGAUGGUGGUGCCUGACCCUAGAAAGACAGCGGUGUUUGGACUUACGAAACCAUUUUGUACAGCUGAAAAAUCUGAUACAGAACCAAAAAGGAAAGCAGCAUUUGGAAGUGUUGGCAGGAGAAUUCCGUAUCGGAUUUUGCACGUAAUCAACGAGAACGGGGAGAGCUUAGGAAAUAUGCACCGAGCAGAGGCACUCAGACUUAUGGAUCAACACAACCUGAAACUAGUUCUGCUUCGUGAGAAUGCAGAACCUCCUGUAUACAGACUAAUGACUGGGAAGCAGAUUCAUGAAGAGCAGCUUAAACGUGCAGAGAAGAAAAAAGCAAGUCCAAAACCAGGGCUGGUUCAGAAGGAGUUAUCCUUUUCUUCAACUAUUGCCAAGAAUGACCUAGAGACCAAGACUAAACAGAUAGCACAGUGGAUUGAGAAGAAAUACCAUGUUAAGAUUACCAUCAAACAAACAAAAGAUAGCAAUACAGACAUGUUCAUGCUUUUUGAUCAGAUUUUGAAGACUGUGUCUGAGAAAGCCACUUACCUUUCCAAGCCAAAAGCUAUUAAAGACGGAGCAAGUACCUGUAUUUUGAGACACAUGUCUGAAAAGGAGUUGAAAGCACACCAGAAAUUGGAAAAACAGAAAAACAGUAUACCAAGGACAGAUGAGAAUGAAGCUCCAAAAUCAAGUGAGUUGAAUCAGUGACUUUAAUGAAGAGGUGUAAACAAUAUUAAUUUCUUAAUUAAAAAAAGAUAUAAACGUAA